UAUUAUUAAAUUACAUCAAAAUUAGCUUCUUCUUUUUGAUCUCCCAUUUUCUCUUGGUAAACUUGAUAGGUUUUCAUUUUGCUAAGAUAUCUAUGCUUGAGAUCAAACUUCUGGAAUUGUUCAUCUGUUCAUGAAGUGAGACAGAUGGGACUAUUAUAUCCAUCAUCAGCACAAUCGAUAUCACUUUCACUACUAUCUCCUUGGCUUGAGCUAUCAGAACUGAUUUCAUUAAUAUCAUGCUUUGUUUUAAAAGAUUGUGUGUGGAUUCCAUCAUUUUCUUUAUCACUACAGCUAAAAGAUUUGGGUUUUGAUAUUUUCUUGUUUUUAUUCUUUCGCCUAUAUUUGGACCUAAAAACUGAAUUUUUUAACUUUUUUAAAUCUUCCUGAUUCAUUCACGAACUUUUGAUCGAAUUCUGGUCUUUUUCAGCAAGAAUACUCUUUUGUUUAUUAAAAUGAUUGAUCUCAAGCAUGAUUGCAUUUACUAGUUCUUCUAAAACUGCUAUCUCUCCACCUUCUUCUAAGCAUCCUUCAUUCUUUAAAAUGGUUUUCUUGAGUUCAGAUCUUGACAUGGGAAUAGUCUCUGAUAAAUAGUUUAUUAUACUAUCUGAAAGUAUCCGAAAGAUCACCAUUGUCUCCUUGUGGGUUCGUGAGAACCUCUUCCUCAAAAGUAUCAGUCUAUAUUGGAGUUCUU